CAGACUAACGAAACAUAAUGGCUACUAACGAUGCUCUGAAGAAAAAGACAGAAGACAAGCAAUGUGCAAAAGAUGCCAGAGUUUGUGUCCCUAAUCCACACCUUAAGAAAAUGAAAGAUGACAUCUUAUAUCAUUUUGCCCUUGAGACUAGUACUCAUGAUUUUCCUGCCUUAUUUGGAGAUAUAAAGUUUGUAUGUGUUGGAGGAAGUCCUUCACGGAUGAAAACUUUUAUUACCUACAUUGCUGAACUUCUGGAUAUUGGAAACCCUGGUUAUGACUAUCCCAAUAUAUGUGCUGGAACAGAUCGGUAUGCAAUGUACAAAGCAGGACCUGUACUGUCAGUCAGUCAUGGAAUGGGAAUCCCUUCAAUUGCCAUCAUGUUGCAUGAACUCAUCAAGCUACUGUAUCAUGCCAAAUGCAGCAACGUAACCAUUAUUCGUAUUGGCACAUCUGGUGGAAUAGGCUUGACACCUGGCUCUGUGGUGAUCACAAAGCAAGCUGUAGAUCCUACCUUCAAGCCACAGUUCGAACAGAUUAUUUUGGGGAAGUCUGUCAUUCGCAGUACAUACUUAGAUGAAAAAUUAACUGAAGACCUUAUGGAGUGUGCCAAGGAACUUGAUCAGUUCAACACAGUCAUUGGAAACACAUUGUGCACUCUGGAUUUCUAUGAAGGUCAAGCGCGCCUUGAUGGUGCCAUCUGCACAUAUACUGAAGAAGAGAAAAUGCAAUAUUUGAAGGAAGCUUACAAGACAGGAGUGAGAAAUAUUGAGAUGGAAUCUUCUGUUUUUGCAGCUAUGUGCAAUCUUAGUGGCCUCAAAGGUGCUGUAGUAUGUGUAACAUUGCUGAACCGACUUGAAGGUGAUCAGAUCUCUACACCUCAUGAUGUCUUGAAGGAAUAUCAAACAAGACCACAGAAGCUGGUGGGACAACUGAUUAAAAACCAUCUUGGGAAAAAGUGACUUUCUGUACUAUAUAUAUCUAGGAACCUUUUCUUUUACUUGAAUUCUUGUUAAAAUGUUUCCUCAAUACCAUAAUCUACAAUCCUAUGCACACUUCUCCUUUAAAAAGAAUUGAAUUAUUUUUGAAUAUAUGCAUAUUUGUGUGUGGGCAUGCAUGCAUGCAUGUAUGUACAUAUACAUGUACAUUCCCCAAUUAACAGCACUUUAUUAUAUUUGUGUGCAUUUGUGUGUAUGCAUACAUACA